AUGUCUAACGAUCUUCAGCACCAGCGUGAAGAUAUGAAGACUGUCAAGGACAUGCUAACUCAUCUGGAAAAGUUGAAUGGUAAGCAAAGUUGCACAGUUCACUUUGAGAUCUCCAGAAGACUCUUCAAAGCAAAGAUGCAUGAUGGACAGUCGGUCUAUGAUCAUAGUUUGACAAAGAUCAAAGACAUCAAGGAGCUUCAGAAGCUCAAUAUGACCAUCCAUAAGGAUUUGCUGGUGGAUCUAAUCCUGCAGUCCAUUCCUGAUUCAUAUGGUCAAUUUAUUGUAAACUACCAUAAGAAUAAGAUUGAAAGCACCUUGUCUGAAUUACUCAACAUGUUAGUAACAGCUGAAGGGACCUUGAAGAGUUCAAAAGGCACCGUUCUUGCUAUUUACAAGCUUCGUCUUUUAAAAGAAAGUCUACUUAGAAGAAGAAGAAAAAACCUAUAA